CUCUCACAACCGCCACAGCCGUCACAACUGCCACAGCUGUCACAACCGUCACAACUGCCACAACCGUCACAACCGCCACAGACGGUACAACCGCCACAGCUGUCACAACCGCCACAGCCGUCACAACCGCCACAACCGCCACAGCUGUCACAACC